UCUACCAUCUUGCAAGUUCCGCCGACCAAUGUUUGAUGUAUGACACCAACUUGAGUGUGAGCGGUUGAAGCCACAAAUCCAUUCAAGUCGCGAUCCAUUCACUCAUUAUGUGGUGAGUGGUUUUUAUAUUGAGUGCGGGUUGUAAAAUAGAUAAUCUACUUUAGAUGUGGGUGGACUGUGUUUGAUUCACGAUCCACCCAACUUUUUAACUUCAAACCAUCGAAUCUCUAAACUAUAGUUUUACCUAAAUUAAAAUCCAAAAAAGUUCCUCCCAUUUCUAUCAAAAAAUCUUCUCGUAUCUCUAGUAAUAUUUUCUUCCCAAUUUUGAAUGAAUAACUUCUCAAAGUUAUGGUUAUUGAGGAUAAUUGCAAAUUCUAAAUCGUUUUCGUGGUUGGAAAUCUAUAUUAUAUGUUCGUUUCCUUCUAAAAUUCCUGGUUAACUUUUAUUAUUUGUAUACUAAUUUGGCUUAAGAUAAGACAAAUUAGUUUCAAUAAAACACGGAUUUCACCUUGUAAUCAACUUGGGCAGGAUAAUACCAACGUUAAUGUUGAAGCCAAUCAAUAUGAAAGAAAAUCUUGGGUUACGUUAUAGAAAAAAUACUAGAUUAUUAAUCAAGAAGAAUUGUGAUUUGUUUCAUCGACCGGAAAGCUUAUCAUGGGUUCAUUUGUAAUUUAAAAGGCUUUUAAGAUCAUAUUCUUGGUGAAUCAUCAUAAAUCACGCAAUCGUAAUUCUACAAUUACAAAGCCAUCAUUAUUAGAUUUCCUUUGUCAAUACUGAAAAUCAUGUAAAAAUUCGGAGUGUCGUCUCAAAUUUUUUAACGAAAAAUCGUAAUACAGAGGAAGACAGUGGGGGUAUUUCCGUCUUUUUACCUAUGUUUCAGUACAAUAUAAAAAUCGAUCACCGCUUGUCACAAACUGGGAAAAAAAAAGCACCAGUUUCCAAUACGAAACCAAAAAAUAAGAGCGCACCGACCGUCUUUCUCCCCUGCAGUUGCUCUGCCUCACUAGUCCCCUGCCUCACCGACCGUCUUCUCCAAUGGCGAACCUCGAGCCGGAGAAGCGAACCUUACUGAACCACCACAAGGAGAAACACUUCACUGCUGGCGAGGUCAUCCGCGACAUCAUCAUCGGCGUCUCCGACGGCCUCACCGUGCCCUUCGCGCUCGCCGCCGGGUUGUCCGGCGCCAAUGCCCCUUCUUCCAUCGUCCUCACCGCCGGCCUCGCCGAGGUGGCCGCCGGCGCCAUCUCCAUGGGACUCGGAGGGUAUUUGGCGGCGAGGAGCGAGGCGGACCAUUACUCCAGGGAAUUGAGGAGAGAACAGGAAGAGAUCGUCGCCGUCCCCGAUACAGAGGCGGCGGAGGUGGCGGAGAUCCUGGCGGAAUACGGGAUUGAGCCACACGAGUACGCGCCGGUGGUUGCCGCUCUGCGUAAGAGGCCUCAAGCUUGGCUUGAUUUCAUGAUGAAGUUUGAGCUGGGACUGGAGAAGCCGGAUCCAAGAAGAGCGGUGCAGAGUGCGUUGACGAUCGCGAUUGCAUACAUCAUCGGGGGAUUGGUGCCUCUCGUUCCUUACAUGUUCAUUGCUAGGGCUCAGGACGCGGUGAUUGCGUCGGUCUUCGUGACGCUAAUAGCGUUGCUGCUGUUUGGGUUCGCAAAGGGUCAUUUCACGGGGAGCAGGCCUUUCAUCAGUGCCUUGCAAACUGCACUUAUAGGUGCCAUUGCUUCUGCCGCUGCGUUCGGCAUUGCUAGAGCUGUUCAAACUUGAUGGUGCAUGCCUGCUAGCCUCGGCUUUACACUCUUACAACGUCUGUGUAGCGGACUGGAAUCUUGGGUGACAAUGUUUGUUGUUUCUCGAUGAUAAUAUAGUUAUAGUCACGGUUUUCAAUUGUUGCUAAACACGAUCAUACCAUUACUGAUGCACCGAAUUUCAUCAUAACUAAAUCGAAAGGCACACA